AUGGGUGGAGAAUUCCUGGAGCAGUACCUAGCAUAUGCUAGCAAGUGCUAUCACGUUAAAUGGAAAUGCGGAAUCACUUGUUUGGAUAUUCAGUAUGGUUUUCAAAAUAACAACCCAUAUCACAGGAGGAAAAAAAAACCCCACAACUUUCUUGUACUUCUCUCAACAGAUGGUCUUCAAGCCGACAGAGAGGCUGAUGGAACAGAAGGAGUUGAUGAAGAUAUGAUUGUGACCCAAAGUCAGACCAACUUCAUCUGCCCCAUUACACAGGUGGAAAUGAAGAAGCCGGUGAAAAAUAAAGUGUGUGGCCACACCUAUGAGGAGGAAGCCAUUGUGCGCAUGAUUGAGUCCAAGCACAAGCGGAAGAAAAAGGCCUGUUGCCCCAAAAUUGGCUGUAGCCACACGGAUGUGAGAAUGUCUGAUCUCAUCCAGGAUGAAGCACUCAGAAGGGCCAUUGAGAGCCACAACAAGAAGAAAAAUCGUCCACCCGAGUAGGAAAAGCACACCUCCCUGCAGGGAUGUCCGCAGCCUACCUCCUACCCCAGCCCCCUGGAGACAGCAGUGUUUCUCAGAGCACCUCGACUGGCUGCAUAGCAUACUUUGUUGGGGUAAAACUUGAAGGUUUUAAGUGUAAUUGGAAGCCUUUUUCUAUGUCACACCAAAAAUCCAAGCAUAUGAUAUUGUUUAUUUUUGAGUGUUCUAUAAUUUUAAAUAAAACUUUGAUUAUCUGCAGCGU